AGUUAUAAAAGGUGGGGCUUCCCCCUCACUCUUCGAUUAGAGCCAUGUCUUUGCGACUGAGAAUUGUGCACCUUUUGGGGAAACAGCUGGGCGCUUUUCCCAAGCAGAAGCGAUCGGUCCAUUCUCUGGGUAUAAUCGGUGCGCCAUUCUCCUAUGGCCAGAAGCGGCGAGGAGUCGAGGUUGGGCCCCAGGCAAUCAGGGACGCCGGGCUGAUAGAUCGCUUGAAAGCACUGGGUUGGAACCUUCAUGACUAUGGAAACCUGAAUUUCACAACUGUACCAAAUGAUACACCAUAUAAGAAUAUUCACCACCCAAGAACAGUGGGUUUAGCAAACCAGUCAUUAACUGAAGCAGUCAGUCGGGCAGUUAGGGAUGGUCACAUAAGUGUUAUGCUUGGAGGAGAUCAUAGUUUAGGAAUUGGUUCAGUCCAUGGGCAUGCCCAACAGCGUCCAGACUUGUGUGUCAUUUGGGUGGAUGCACAUUGUGAUCUAAACACACCUCUUACAACCACAUCUGGAAAUAUGCAUGGACAGCCAGUGUCGUUCCUUAUAAAAGAGCUGCAGAACAAGAUCCCAUCACUCCCUGGAUUUUCUUGGGUCACUCCUUGUAUAUCAGCAAAGGACUUGGUUUACAUUGGAGUACGGGAUGUUGAUCCUGCUGAAUACUACAUCCUGAAAAAUUUUGGCAUCCAGUAUUUCUCAAUGAAAGAGGUGGAUCAACUUGGAAUACAGAAAGUAAUGGAAAAAACACUUGAUUAUCUAGUUGGAAAAAAGAAAAGACCAUUGCACCUGAGUUUUGAUGUCGAUGCCAUUGAUCCAUCUUUAGCUCCUGCUACUGGUACUCCAGUGAUUGGAGGACUAACUUACAGGGAAGGAAUGUAUAUUGCUGAAGAAGUGUACAACUCUGGAAUGCUGUCUGCAAUGGAUCUGGUGGAAGUCAAUCCUAAUCUUGCAACUACAGAUAAAGAACUUAAUUCCACAGUAAACAUCGCCGUGGAUAUUAUUUCCUUUUCUUUGGGACAGGCACGAGAAGGAUCUCAUGGCAAAUGUGAUGAAAUACCAGCUCCUGAUACAAGUGAAACAAGUGAACAGACCGUACGGCUUUAGAACUGACUGAAGACAAGCUGGCUGUUUGUAUAAACCCAAAAUUCAGAACUCUGAGAAAGUACUUUGGGGUAUUUUGUGUAACUGCUGCCUUGCUCUACAUUCUUUCUCAUUGGGAUUCUCUCAUGAGGCAUUGUUCUCAGACCAUUGCCUAAUAUCUCAAUUAUCCACAGGUAUUAUGAACAACCUACAGCUCUGAGCUUUUCAAACAUUCCAGUAUGAAUAGAAUUGAUUUCACUUCCCUAUUCAACUGUGUAGAGAGAGAGGGAAUUCUGGCAGGAAAAGUCAAAUCUGUAAAGGCUCUGUUCUUGUGUAAAACUGAUUAAUACUACUUCCCAAAAUCCUGGAGCAUACCUUUUAAUAACUUGUAUGUUUUCCUCUCAACAGAAACUUGCGUUCAAGACCAAUAGGACACGUUACAUAUCAAAUGACUUUAUUAAAAGUUUAUGCACAUCGCUACAAUGUAGUCAUUGGCAGUAGCAUUUAAAGAACUACUGAUUGAAUGCAACUUUAAACUGCUUCACCUUUGUAAAAACAACUCCUGUAAUGGGGUGGGUCUUGCAGUGAAGUCCUCUAAGCAAGUUAAAUACAUGAAAAUUGUUCAUCGGUUUAUGUAGUCCCAUGUAGUUAAAUCAUCUUCAACUGUGAAUCUCAAGCAUUGCAGCCUAUCUACGCAUGCACAAUUUGCGUCAGUGCUUGCGAAAGAACUUGAGGUAUACAACGGUUCCAAGGAUUGCCACUUCCAGAAGAAUAAUAAUACCCAGUAGCAGUUUGUUUGUCAUAAUUCUAGAGAGAUCAAAACAUCAACUUUUAGGCUUGCAUUGAAAGAGUAAAUUAUUACCCUAGGUCAAAUACUAGUUUUUGUAACAAGACUGAAGAACAUUUCACAUAUUUAUUCCAAGUUGUUCAAUGAUCCAUCUAGCCUUAAAGUAGACAGCAAUAAUUUCUGAUCUUUAAAUUUUACGUGAGUGACUUUCUCUGGAUGCCCAUCAGAACAGACUUGAGUAGUUUUUAGUUGGUUUUAAAAUGCCUGCUUUACAACCAGUUUGUAUGAUAAGCUUUUCUUACCCAGCUUCCCUGAAACUAAGUGGGAAAAGGUGCACCUCUGUGUCUGAAGGACCAGCUUUGAAAUCAAUUCUUUAGAAUCGAAAUUUAACAAUGUGUCAGCACUCAAUUUAUGCAGAGUACAGAAAAAAAUAUUUACUCUUCUAUAAUUGUUUAUAUAUGGAUAAUACUGGCAGCAGAAAAUAUUCCUGGCUUUACUUUUUCCGCUGAAAUUUAUUAACAAUUGAGUGGUGGAGGGGAGGGGUUUGCUUUGGAAAGUGUGAAGUACAAACUUGUCUGAUGUAACAGUUGGCUGUUUGUCAAAUUUCUGCACUCUUACCUUCUGGACAUGGCGCGAAGUAUUUUCCGACUCCGGCUUAAAUUCUCACCUGUGUUAAUUAGCUUCAGAACAGAAACAAAAUUAUUAUCUUGCUCCUUUGUUUUUGUUCAUAAUGCAUACAUUUUGAAAUUUUCAGAUGGGAGUAUUUUCUAUUCAGUUAUUUCCCAAAUAAAUUUCGUACUUGCAUACCUAA